AGUCCUCCUCGGACAUCCGGGGCUUCCCGUUCCCCUCGGUCGCAAGCCGGGCGCCUCUGACGCGCCUUCCGUCUCCGCUCCUGUGGAGGGGCCUGAGAGGAGCCAGGGGCGCCUUCCCCGCCGCCUGCUCGCCGCCGCCUGCUCGCCCACGCCUGCCCCGGGCCCCGCGCCCGCGACUCCGAUGGACCAGCCGUCUCCCACCUACAUGAUUGCCAACUUAACUCCCUUGCACUCCGAACAGCUCCUUCAGGGCCUCAACCUCCUCCGACAGCACCAUGAGCUCUGCGACAUCAUCCUGCGCGUCGGGGAGGUCAAGAUCCACGCGCACAAAGUGGUGCUGGCCAGCAUCAGCCCUUACUUCAAAGCCAUGUUCAGCGGCAACCUUUCCGAGAAGGAGAACUCGGAAGUGGAAUUCCAGUGCAUUGCGGAGGCCGCUCUGCAGGCCAUCGUGGAGUAUGCUUACACAGGGACGGUCUUCAUCUCGCAGGACACCGUGGAGUUGCUCUUGCCGGCGGCCAACCUGCUCCAGAUUAAGCUCGUGCUGAAGGAAUGUUGCACUUUCCUGGAAAGCCAGCUGGAUCCCGGGAAUUGCAUUGGGAUCUCUCGCUUUGCAGAGACGUACGGCUGCCACGACCUCUACCUGGCUGCCAACAAAUACAUUUGCCAGAACUUUGAAGACGUUUGUCAGACAGAAGAGUUUUUUGAGCUUACGCAUUCUGAGCUGGACGAAAUUGUUUCCAAUGAUUGCUUAAAUGUGGUUACAGAAGAGAUGGUCUUUUACGCACUGGAGUCUUGGAUAAAGUACGAUGUGCAGCAGCGCCAGAAGUACCUGGCGCAACUGCUGCACUGUGUGCGCCUGCCUCUGCUGAGCGUCAAGUUCCUCACGAGGCUCUAUGAAGCCAACCACCUCAUUCGCGAUGACCACACCUGUAAGCACCUGCUGAACGAAGCCCUGAAGUACCAUUUCAUGCCUGAACACAGGCUGUCUUACCAGACGGUGCUAACGACGCGCCCUCGCUGUCCUCCUAAAGUGCUCUGUGCUGUGGGAGGGAAAGCUGGACUCUUUGCUUGCUUGGAAAGUGUGGAGAUGUACUUUCCUCAGAAUGAUUCCUGGAUCGGUUUGGCGCCCCUCAGCGUCCCUCGCUUUGAAUUUGGAAUUUGUGUUCUGGACCAGAAGAUCUACGUGAUAGGAGGGAACGCCACCCACAUGUGUCAAGGCAUCAGCUAUCGCAAACAUGAAAGCUCUGUGGAAUGCUGGGACCCUGACACGAACACCUGGGCAUCGCUGGAAAGCAUGAAUGAGAGCAGAACCACGCUGGGGGUGGCUGUUCUGGCGCGAGAAAUCUACGCCUUGGGGGGCUACGAUGGACAGUCCUACUUGCAGUCAGUGGAGAAGUACAUUCCGAAAGUAAAGGAGUGGCAGCCCGUCGCCCCCAUGAGCAAAACCCGGAGUUGUUUUGCUGCAGCUGUUUUGGACGGAAUGAUCUAUGCCAUUGGCGGCUACGGCCCCGCUCAUAUGAACAGUGUGGAACGAUACGAUCCCAGCAAGGACUCGUGGGAAACAGUCGCUCCGAUGGCUGACAAACGAAUAAACUUUGGUGUUGGAGUUAUGCUGGGCUUCAUUUUCGUAGUCGGAGGACACAACGGAGUUUCUCACUUAUCCAGCAUUGAGCGAUACGACCCUCACCAAAACCAGUGGAUUGUUUGUCGGCCAAUGAAGGAACCCAGAACAGGAGUUGGUGCUGCUGUCAUUGACACUGACCUUUAUGUGGUCGGCGGCCACUCCGGUUCCUCCUACCUGGACACUGUCCAGAAAUACGAUCCCCUCUCGGACACCUGGCAGGACGUGGCUGGCAUGAUGCAUUGCCGAUGCAACUUUGGCUUGACUGCACUUUGAAGAGGCUGCGCUGGUGGACGCAACUGGCUUGAAGGUGCCUGGCGAACGGGGCCCGGAUGCUGCCUUCCUGGGAGUCGGGAGAAAGGGCUGAAGGCUUGCUUGAAGCGCAGACUGCUGAUCCCCACUGAGAAUGUGGUUCUGGUGGUUCUUAAU